AUGGGAGGGGCAGGCAUUUUGCUGCUGCUGCUGCUGGCUGAGUCGGGGGCCGGGGCAGCCUGGAGACCCCCAAAGGGAAAAUGUCCGCUGAGCUGCUCCUGCUCCAAAGACAGUGCCCUGUGUGAAGGCUCCCCGGACCUGCCCGAGAGCUUCUCCCCGACCCUGCUGUCACUCUCUCUCGUCAGGAUUGGAGUUACCCAGCUGAAGGCCGGCAGCUUCCUGAAGGUGCCAUCACUGCAUCUGCUCCUCUUCACAUUCAACUCCUUCUCCAUGAUUGAGGAUGACGCGUUUGCGGGCCUGUCCCACCUACAAUAUCUCUUCAUCGAGGACAAUGAGAUUGGCUCCAUCUCUAAGAACGCUCUCCGAGGACUUCGCUCCCUCACACAUCUGAGCCUGGCCAAUAACCAUCUUGAGACCCUUCCCAGAUUCCUGUUCCGAGGCCUGGAGACCCUGACUCAUGUGGACCUCCGUGGGAACCCGUUCCAGUGUGACUGCCGUGUCCUCUGGCUGCUGCAGUGGAUCCCCAGCGUGAAUGCCAGCGUGGGGACCGGGGCCUGUGCCGGCCCCACCGCCCUGGCCCACAUGCAGCUCGGCCAUCUCGACCCCAAGACCUUCAAGUGCAGGACCAUAGAGCUGUCCCGGUUCCAGACGGUUGGGGAGUCGGCGCUGGGCGUGGAACCUUUCUCUUACCAGGGGGAACCCCACAUGGUCCUGGCACAGCCCUUUGCUGGUCGCUGCCUGAUUCUUUCCUGGGACUAUAGCCUGCAGCGCUUCCGCCUUGAGGAAGAGCUAUCUGCUCCCUCGGUGGUGUCCUGCAAGCCCCUGGUGCUGGGCCUGCGCCUCUUCGUGCUGGCGGCCCGCCUGUGGGGAGGCUCACAGCUGUGGGCACGGCCCGGACCCGGCCUGCGCCUGGCCCCGACUCAGGCCCUGGCCCCAAAGCGUCUGCUGAGGCCUAAUGACGCUGAGCUCCUGUGGCUAGAUGGGCAGCCCUGCUUCGUGGUGGCCGAUGCCUCCAAGGCCGGCAGCACCACCCUGCUGUGCCGUGACGGGCCUGGCUUUUACCCACGCCAGAGCCUCCACGCCUGGCACCGGGACACGGAUGCGGAGGCCUUUGAGCUGGACGGCCGGCCUCACCUGCUGCUGGCCUCAGCCUCACAGCGGCCCGUGCUCUUCCACUGGUCUGGGGGCCGCUUUGAGAGGCGCACGGACAUCCCCGAGGCUGAAGACGUCUAUGCCACACGCCACUUCCGGGCCAGUGGGGAUGUGUUCCUGUGCCUGACUCGCUACAUCGGGGACUCCCUGGUCAUGCGCUGGGAUGGUUCCAUGUUCCGCCUGCUGCAGCAGCUUCCUUCACGUGGUGCCCACGUCUUCCAGCCACUGCUCAUAGGCAGGGACCAGCUGGCUAUCCUGGGCAGUGACUUCGCCUUCAGCCAGGUCUUCCGCCUGGUGCCUGACAAGGGGCUCCUGGAACCGUUGCAGGAGCUGGGGCCCCCAGCCUUGGUGGCCCCCCGGGCCUUUGCUCAUAUCGCCAUGGCUGGCAGACGCUUCCUCUUUGCUGCUUGCUUCAAGGGCCCCACACAGAUCUACCAGCUUCACGAGUUAGACCUCAGUGCCUGA